UCACAGUUGUACCUACAGUAAAGCCGCUACGAAAAGUACAAGUUUCCACAGCUAUGUCCUCGAUCUGAUAAGCUCCCGCCCAUCUGAUAACCCGCCCCCACUAACGCCUGCACGUGCGGAGGCGGGGCCGUGUGCACCCAGCCUAACAACCCAGCACUUGCGAAAACGCUGCCCGCACGACGAGUGCUUCAUCAGGGUGCUCAAGCGACGCCCCAUAGACAAUGCCUCCCCUCCCCCCUCACACUCGAUCUUCGCACUAACACGACCCGAACAAAUCCGCCAGCAUGCCCACGAGCAUGCCCACCCGCAAGCCAAUCUGGCACCACAACGGCAAGUGGACGCGCCUGCACUCGGCAGAGCGUCUGCGCCGCUCCUCGCACGCCCUCGCCGUCAUCGACUCCACAGUGUACAUCUUCGGCGGCGAGGUACAGCCGCGGCAGCCCGUCGACGCCGCGCUCGACGUCCUGCGCCUCAGCACAGGUAGCCCGACGCUCGCGACAACGUCCUCCAGCGACGCCCCGUCGCCCCGCGUGGGCAGCGCCGCCGCCGCCGUCGCCGACCGCAUGUACCUCUUCUCCGGGCGCGGCGGCCCCGACAUGGCCGCCCUCGAGGAGCGCGGCGCCGUGUGGUGCCUCGACCCGCGCAGCGCCGCGUGGACGCUGCUCACCCCCGCCGACGCCGCCGCACCGUAUCCCCCCGGCCGCUCGUACCACUGCGCUGCGUCCGACGGGCAGCGCACGCUGUUCGUCCACGCCGGGUGUCCCGCCUCAGGCCGGCUGUCGGACCUCUGGGCGUUCGACGUGGAACGCCGUGCGUGGACGCGCGCGGCGGAUGCGCCGGGGCCGCCGCGGGGCGGGGCGAGCAUUGCGUACAGCGGGGGCAAGGUGUAUCGGAUGAGUGGCUUUGAUGGGACGAGUGAGCAGGGCGGGUGCGUGGAUGUGUACGAUGUCGCGUCUGAUGCGUGGUCUACCGAGCCCUUUGAGGCGGAUGGGCAUGCUGGGCCCGAGGCGAGGAGCGUGUGUGCGCUGCUCCCUGUGCGGAUAGCGCAGAAGGACAAGCUGCUCACCCUGUUUGGGGAGAGGGAUCCGAGUAGUCUGGGGCAUGCGGGCGCGGGCAAGAUGCUAGGUGAUGUGUGGGUUUAUGACAUUGGAGAGAAGUGGUGGACCAAGUUGGAGCCGGAUAGUGGGGAUGGGGUGCCGGAUCCAAGGGGCUGGUUUGAUGCGGAUGUCCUGAAGGCAGAAGAGGGGAACGAUAGCGUUGUGGUGCAUGGAGGGUUGGGUGAGAAUAAUGAGCGGCUGAAGGACGUUUGGCUGCUUUCUUUCUAGAAUCGUCUCACUCUGCUCUUGUAGCAGGGCACAUGCUCUCGUGUUAUUACAAACGUCGGGGGUAAUAUAAGAUGUCUUCUCGA